CCCUCAGUUUCCUCAGUUCCCUCAGUUCCCUCAGUUCCAUCAGUUUCACCUGUUCCACCAGUUCUAUCAGCCUCUGUGCCAUUAGUGUCCCUAGGACCCCCAGUUCCCUCAGUGCCAGUCUUUACCCGCUAUCAACCACUGCCCAAAAUCUUCCGUCCCAGCAGCGGCUCAGGUACCUGCAGCCAGGCAAAUAGACUGAAUGAUGCUGCCUUGACAAGUGCUUACUGAAGCGUUACUUGUUUCUCAAUCUGCAUGAUGGUACUCCCUGAAUUUCCUAUGAAUUGCUUAGAAUUUUUUUCAACAUAAGUAUCUCCCAACAAGGGCAUGCUGUAGGAAUGUCUGGGCUGUCUAAUGAGAGGGAUUUUGAGCAACAUAGAAAUGACUAGUAGCAUCAACCAGGGGCACUUUUGAACCUGUUUGCUUUCGUUUAAGACUUCCAGUGUUACUGUAAGAUAACAGAAAUGUUCUCUGCAUUAUUAACAGGAAAUUGUGGUUUAGAAAAAAGUAAAAGUAACAUCAGUGCACGUCUUAAGGCAUGCCUUGUAGUAUCCCUCUUUCCACCAAGUCAUUGCUCUCACUCAUUGGUUUCUACUAUUUAUCUUCCCUCUUUCCACCAAGUCAUCGCUCUCACUCAUUGGUUUCUGCUAUUUAUCUUCCCUCUUUUCACUUUCCUUUCCUUGUUGCUGCUAGUGCCUGGGUCUUUUCUCAGAGCAGCAGCUGGUAGACAAGGGCUCUGAGUGGCCCUGCAGUGGACUUGAAGCCUCGGGGUGUUGGCCUCUCUCAAACCCCCUCCGACCCACAGAGAGGUACCAGACACAUGGCAGUUCGUAGGUCAAAGGCCACCUACUUUAUCACAUUAGCCAUUAUACGUCUUUAAGUUGGACUCAUAGAGGUUUGAGUGUCUCAUGCUGUAGUUUUUCUUACACUAUCAUCUUUCUGUCCUCUCCUGUCCUUUAUGACUGAUGCUCACCCCCUCUUCCUCUACUGCAGCUUGCUCAAAUGUCUUCAGACCUCAGAUUGUAUCAACUUAUCAGCGUCCCUCCUCCCCCUCUGUCUUUUCCGCUGCUGCUUCUCCUCAAGAUAAAACCACUUUUACUGCCCUAUCUCAGCCAGACCCACCGCUCCCGAAACCCCAGCUCCCAAACUCUGAGCCAGUCCGGCAGAGGGAGUGGGGGAGGCCAAGGCCUGUGUCAGGCCCCUCUGGCCUGUCCCCCUCCUAUUUCUGUCCCUCUCCCAGAGAUGCCAUGGCCCCUGUCCCCCUGUUGACUAGCCUGGACCUGGAUGCCCUGUGUGACCCUCACUCUCCUCCCCUUUCCAUCCCCUUCCCUAAGUCCUCACCUCCUGUCAAAUGUCUUUUCUCUCACAACCCUCCAACUCCUCACCCUAACACCCACCAUAAACUUGCCCUAGUUGUUGCCCCUCUCUCUCACCCUCUACCCAAGCCUGUCCCUCUGCUUCCUGCUACUGUCCCUGCCUCAGCUGUUCUCACUGCCUCUCAGUCAGAGAUACAGAGGGAGUUGAAGACUCUCACAGAAGAGGAAUACCACAGUCCUACUCUUGGUCCAAAACUGUCAGAGCAGCAGACGCCGUCUGUCUCCAGUGAGACCGUUCCCCUGACACUGAGAGGGGACGAGUCUCCUCGCUCCCCCAGGACCGCUGGCACCAUCAGGAUCGCCAACCAACAAGCCUCUGCAGAGAAAGCUGUGGGGUUGAAAGAUGCCAGUACCAUUAAAGGUUCUGGGCAAGAUGGCGACCCAGCAACUGGUGUUCCUGGCCCUAUUCACACAGAAGUCUCAGCAGAGCUUAUUCCAGCGCUCCCUCCUCCAUGGCCUUUCUCUAGCCGAGAGACAGAAGCACCAGAGAGCACUACCCAUAAACAGCCUUCUACCAACAUCCUGGGAGCUUUUAGUGCUGAUAACACGCCAUUGGCUGAAAAGAAGCCUGACUUUAAACAGAAAUCCAAUGAGACCAAAGAAGUGCCUUCUCAACCUGCCAAACCAGAGGACAACUCUGCCUCAACCCCGGGUGAAAAACCUUUUAGUGCAGAAAAGCCACCAUUGGCUGAGCUCGACCUUGAUGACAUAAUCAUAGAGAUGCCUGAUCCAUCAGUCAUGGCCAGUAACUUAUUUUUGGAGGACAAUGCAGAUGAAACAUCAAAAGUGGGCGCAGUAAAGAGGUCACCAUUCAGCACCUUGAUGACUGAAAUGGAUCAUCAGGAUGGAAGUGUUGAACAGACAGCUGAUCCAGAGUCGACUGGAGUGCCAUCAUCAAUGGCGCUCCACGUAGAGCACGGCCCAAUUGACACAAAGACACUUCCAGAGAUUGGAAACAUCACGUGUGGAGAUGCAGCUGAGAAGCACGCCAAAGGCCUAGAGCAGCCCGUUGAUAAGAAGCAGGGGAAACAGAGCCCGGUGCCUCAUUCACCUUGUUUAUAUGACCUCAACAGGUCAGAUGAAGACAAGGAAAUUAUGAAAAACAUGGCUGCUCUGAAGGCAGGUCCUCCCAGAAAAGACAAGGAAAUUAUAAAAAGCAUGGCUGCCCUGAAGGCAGGUCCUCCCAGCAAAGACAAGGAAAUGAAAAUGCCAAUCAAAGCGAAAAGACCGUCGUGGGCUGAGGAGGUUAUGGGCUCCAAAGAGAAUGAUAAGAAACAGAUGGACCAUCAACCUCGGGAUGAGAAGGCCUCAUUAUUACAAGCUGAUGAGCGCAAAUCAGCCACUCUGGAAGUUCAAGUGAACGAGAGUGUAGAGGAGUCACAUAGUUCUGAAUGGAACGCAGCGAAAGUGGAAGCAGGCGUUUUGGAAGAACACAGAAGAGAUGAUGACUGUAUUCUGAAAGAGCGUUCUUCUGACCAUGUGUCAUCAAAAGCAGAAACGUUUCCCUUGUCAGGCAGUGUCAGUGUAGAUAAAACCAUAGAAACAGAUGUACUAUCAAACAGUAGUUAUUCCAUUUCUAUGGGUAAAACCACAGAUGCUACUCCAGUAAGCCUAGAGACACCCAAAAUGCCUGAUCCCCCUCAAUAUGAAGUCCUUGAACCUAUGAUCCAAUUGAGCUUCACAUUAGACACCAUAACUGAGGAUGCAAUGGAGAAUGUAGAACUGUCAGAGAAGACAGACACACAGCCUCCAACAGAGGCCCUGGAGCAGCCAGAGGUUCCACUCUGGAAGGCCCUGGAGGAGAAAGCUAAUGAUCAGGAACCAGAGCAGGACUCUGGACAGGUGAUGAUCAAAGAUGAACUCCUCAGGGAGGAACAGGGGGAAGUAGAUGAGAACAUGUUAGUGCCAGAUGUAGAAUCACUGGAGACAGGCUCAGACAAAGAUGUUAAACCAGAAGCUGCUAUUAUCAGAGUUGAGGGUCACAAGCAAAUCAUCUCAGAUGAAUCAGAGCUGCUCCAGAUGUCAGCUUCCCCAGAGCCCACUGCCCAGUCUUCUGCUACUCCAGAGCGCACUACACAGUCUUCAGCAACCCCAGAGCCCACUACCCAGUCUUCUGCUACCCCAGAGCCCACUGCCCAGUAUUCUGCUACCCCAGAGUCCACUACCCAGUAUUCUGCUACCCCAGAGUCCACUACCCAGUCUUCAAUUACCCCAGAGCCCACUACCAAGUCUUCUCCUACCCCAGAACCUAAUACCCAGUCUUCAGCUACCCCAGAGCCCACUGCCCAGUAUUCUGUUACCCCAGAGCCCACUACCCAGUAUUCUGUUACCCCAGAGCCCACUGCCCAGUAUUCUGCUACCCGAGAGCCCACUACCCAGUCUUCUCCUACCCCAGAACUUAAUACCCAGUCUUCAGCUACCCCAGAGCCCACUACCCAGUAUUCUUCUACCCCAGAGCCCACUGCCCAGUAUUCUUCUACCCCAGAGCCCACUACCCAGUAUUCUUCUACCCCAGAGCCCACUACCCAGUCUUCUCCUACCCCAGAGCCCACUACCCAGUCAUCUCCUAGCCCAGAGCCCACUACCCAGUCUUCUCCUACCCCAGAACCUAAUACCCAGUCUUCAGCUACCCCAGAGCCCACUACCCAGUCUUCUCCUACCCCAGAGCCCACUGCCCAGUCUUCUGCUACCCCAGAGCCCACUACCCAGUCUUCUCCUACCCCAGAGCCCACUACCCAGUCUUCUCCUACCCCAGAGCCCACUACCCAGUCUUCUCCUACCCCAGAGCCCACUACCCAGUCUUCUCCUACCCCAGAGCCCACUACCCAGUCUUCUCCUCCCCCAGAGCCCACUGCCCAGUCUUCUCCUACCCCAGAGCCCACUGCCCAGUCUUCUCCUACCCCAGAGCCCACUACCCAGUCUUCUCCUACCCCAGAGCCCACUACCCAGUCUUCUCCUACCCCAGAGCCUACUACCCAGUCUUCUCCUACCCCAGAGCCCACUGCCCAGUCUUCUGAAUCACUUAGAAAACAGAUGAUUGAAGAGGAAAACGGUAAAGACAGUGUACCGUCAAUAUCUACUACACCCCCUCUGGAUCUCCCCGCGAAGGCUGUCAGUAGCUCCACCGUGGAGCGCACAUUGCUGUUAGACACGCCUGUGUCAGUGGAAGGAGACAUUUGUCCAGCUGGAGAGUCAGAUGUUAAGAAGGAAGAGGGGCUGUGCGAUAUGAAGCGUCCUCCCAGUAGGGAGGCUGUAACUGAGGCAGAAAGGCCUCUGUGGGCUACUUUAGAGGAGGAAACUAAGGAGAAGGGGACAGAGGGAGUAGGCAUGAGCACUUUGGAGCCAACAAAGAAUACCUUGCAAACAGGAUCUGAGACGGCUGAGGGGAGACAGAAGUCCAGUGACCUGGCUGUCCCAACGAGAUGCUCUAAGAAAGCUUCUCAGCCAUCCUCACCAGACACCACAACUCAGGGUAACAUCCAGGGUCGCAUCCAGGGUAACUCAGGCAGUGAAGAGCCACAGUCCAAUGGACAGACCCCAGCAGAUAAGGAGGUCCCUUAUGGUCAAGCGUCAGAUACGGUUGUUCCUCCUCGACGCAGCAAGAAGAAACUCCUUCCCUUUCCUGUGGUCUUCCAGCAAGUUGCCCCAGAGGCCUCCACUCCCACUGCGGACAAGGACGAAGCCCAUGGGAAGGAUGUGUUCGUCCUCAGCCUGGAGAUGCCUGGUCCUCUGCCCAGUCCUGGUCUUGUGUCCUCCAGCAAGUCUUUACUGGAGUGGUGCCAGGAGGUUACAAAGGGUUAUAAGGGAGUGAAGGUCACUAAUUUUAACACCUCCUGGCGCAAUGGUCUGGCUUUCUGUUCCAUCCUACACCACUUCUAUCCUGACAAGAUAGCUUUUGAGGCACUGGAACCCAACGAUAUCAAGUUAAACAACAAGAAGGCCUUUGAUGGCUUUGCUGCGCUGGGCAUCUCCCGACUGCUGGAGCCCUCAGACAUGGUGCUGCUCUCUGUGCCAGACCGCCUGAUCGUCAUGACUUACCUGAGUCAGAUCCGCACCCACUUUACGGGGCAGGAACUGAGUGUUCUUCAGAUAGAGCACAACAGCAGCCAGUCCAGCUAUGCAGUGACUGAGCCCAGUGAGGGUUCUGAUGUGGAUGCUGCUGCUCGCUUCUGUGCCCGCAAGUUACAGGAAGGUAGCAUCUCCCUGGAGGACAGUGCUACAGAACAGGCCUCUAAGCCCAAUGGGAGCCUAGUGCCACCCCCUCGGACUAAACGGGUGACAAAAGUGGAAGAGAAGGGAAGCGGAGCUGGGGAUCUGGAUGGGGGAAUGGGAGAGACACAGACCCCCGUGCCUCCACCCAGGUCACACACCUCUGCAGCCAAAUCAGGAUUUGGUCACGUAAGAGACGCCGACCUGGUGAAGAAAAGGCGCUUGCGGCUGAAGAGUGAGUCCAUGGAUGAAGGGGAUGUGGUGGAGCAGCAGAGUAGCACAUCUAAGAGCACAGAGUCAGCUGAAAGUGUAUCAGACAGAGAAGUGAAGAACGGCUCCUCAGAAUCCGAAUCUAGGAGCCCAGUCCAGGAGUCCAGUGUCCCAAGCCAGGAGGAGGAUACUUUGCGUCUGCAGGACACCAGUCAGUAUGUGCUGAGUGAGCUGCAAGCCCUGGAGACUGAACAGAAGCACAUCGACAACCGAGCAGGCAUCGUGGAGAGGAGACUCAGAAGACUGAUGGAAUCAAGUAGCGACCGUGACGAGGAAGAGAAGCUGAUCCAGGAGUGGUUCACUCUGGUCAACAAGAAGAACGCCCUGAUCAGGAGACAGGAUCAUCUGGAGCUGCUGCAGGAGGAGCAGGACUUGGAGAAACGAUUUGAGCUACUGAAUAGAGAACUUAGAGCCAUGAUGGCCAAUGAAGAGUGGCAGAAGACUAAGGCCCAGCAGCACCGGGAGGAGCUCCUGCUGCAGGAACUGGUCUCUCUGGUCAACCAGCGGGACGAGCUGGUCAGGGACUUGGACGCCAAGGAGAGAGGUGCCGUUGAGGAGGAUGAGCGUUUGGAGCGGGGGCUGGAGCUCAGACGCAGGAACUUCAGCAACAAAGACAAGUGUGUGCUGCAGUGAGAGAAGGGACCAACCCAUCUAGAACUAAACCUCCUCAAUCCCUGCUUCAAACCAAGCUCUGUCACUCAGCAACCUACAAUAUGAAACACUCCUAGACAAACAUGUCACCACAGCAACAAAUCCUUAACUGGGAUUUUGGGACUGAUCGUUAAUAAACAAUUAUACCCCCGGGGUGCUGGGGCUGUGUGCCUUCCCUUUUGGAGAUACUUGAAGAAAUAAAUCCCUCUGUACCUUGAGGUAAGAGACUCUGGGAAGGUCACCCAUCCAUGGAGUACUUUUGAUUGAGAAACGAGGACCUUUCCAAUUCAGUCUGUUAAUGUGCCUUACUCUGUCAUUCAAUAGACAGAAAGCCCACUGUACAAACAGAUGUGUUGUAUACUUUUAGACCGCCAUGAAGCUAUGAGGUUCAGACGUAUAGGCCAUAAUGUCUACUUUUACAUCUAUAAACAUCUCACUGAUCUCAUCAACAAUAUAAGAUAACUUUGCCUGAAGGCUUUGGUGGAACUGGCUAUGAAAUGAAAGGUCUGGUGUUUAGACACAAAAUAAUCAGGCCUCUGUGUAUAUAGGAGGGUUUGGUAACAUCAGGCCUCUGUGUAUACAGGAGGGUUUGGUAACAUCAGGCCUCUGUGUAUACAGGAGGGGUUGGUAACAUCAGGCCUCUGUGUAUACAGGAGGGGUUGGCAACAUCAGGCCUCUGUGUAUACAGGAGGGUUUGGUAACAUCAGGCCUCUGUGUAUACAGGAGGGUUUGGUAACAUCAGGCCUCUGUGUAUACAGGAGGGUUUGGUAACAUCAGGCCUCUGUGUAUACAGGAGGGUUUGGUAACAUCAGGCCUCUGUGUAUACAGGAGGGUUUGGUAACAUCAGGCCUCUGUGUAUACAGGAGGGUUUGGUAACAUCAGCUCUGUGUUUUACUUUGGACCCAGAUGUUUGAUGAAAGACUCAAGUUUAUGAGAGUAUCACGUCUUGAUGACUUCUGGUGAUGACUUGUAAUUGUGUUUUAUCAAUCUUUAUUUUAUUUAUGGAUUGGACAUGUGCAUGAGAAAUGUUUGGGUUAGGUGUGUCAUAUUACAAGUGGCAUGAACAGUCAGAUCUAACCAGAAAUGAAAGAAAAAGAGAAUAGUGAAUAAAGGUGAAACUGUAGUUAUAGACAGAAGCUAGUAAGCCUACUUGUAAAACAUACAUACCAUCCUGUAAAUAAUACUGUAUGCCACUCUAUUAUUCUGAGUCUCCCAAGUGGCGCAGCGGUCUAAGGCACAGCAUCUCAGUGCUAAAGGUGUCACUACAGACCCUGGUUUGAUUCCAGGCUGUGUCACAACUGGCUGUGAUUGGGUGGCACACAAUCGGCCCAGUGUUGUCCGAGUUAGGGUUUGGCAGGGGUAGGCCGUCAUUGUAAAUAAGAAUGUGUUCUUAAGACUUGCCUAGUUAAAUUAAAUGAAUUACCUGGCACUGCAGUUCUUUCAAUGUUUUUUAUUUUAGCAAAGACCUGUGUCAAACUGUCUAGUAUUAAUAGAGUCAACAUUUACCAAUGGCUUGUUAGAUGUUAUGUGCUAUUGUCAUAGAUGAUGAUUACUAUUAUUCCUUGUGUUAUUAAUAUUAUUACUAUUUUCUUCUAUUUUUUUCAACUAUUUGAAUUUGUGUUUUGUUUUCUGCAUUGUUGGAGUUAAGUAACUGUUAGUCUACACUUCUUUUUUUACGAAGCAUGUGACACACUUUGUUUGAGGGGGGUAGAUCUGAAAAUGUAAUGAUGUGACAAUAAAGCAUUACUUUGUCCAAGCCUCUUUUUAAAAAGGAUAUGCAAUAUGUUUUGUUUAAACCCGUGAAUGAUACAUAAUACAUUUUAAGAAUUUGUUUGAAAAUACUUUCUCUAAUUUGUUGUCAUAUUAUAUUAUGUGGUACUUCUUCACUUUUUCGUGGAUGUCAUUGUGUUCUGAAUAUAUCUAUUAUCUUUAUCUUGCACUAUUAUUUAUUUUGUUUGUGCAUGAUGAAUAAAUAAGCCUCCUUUGGUGUUUCAGAAAA